AAUUCGACUUGAAGUGACCGAAAUACCCUUAUCCUUUGUCUCCACCUAAAUACCCAAAAAGCUUUGGAAAACCCUAGUUCAUCCCAAAAUCGCCAAUCACCUCCAAUUGAAGCUCCUGCAUCACCUGAAACCCUAAUUACCGAAUAUGAAUUUGUUCACCGACGUCGCAGAUGAUGAUAUAGAGAACAUAUCGAAGAUCGAAGUGGACGAGGAAUUUGCCAAGCGAUAUGAGCACAACAAGAAGAGAGAAGAUUUGCAGAAGCUGGAAGAGUUGAAGAAGAAGGGACUCGCCCAUGACUCGGGGUCCGAUUCCGAAUCAGAGACCGAGUCCGACUCGGAGGUUGACGACGAGGUGAAAGCCACAAAAGGGUCAAAAGAAUUGAUAGAUGCAUUGAUGAAGAUUAGGAAUAAGGAUCCGAUUUUGAAGGAUCAAAAUGCGAAGUUGUUCAAGAGUAGCAGUGAUGAUGAGGAUGGAGUUGAGGGGGAGAGACGAGAGAGGAAGAAGAAGCCCAAGUACUUGAAGGAUGUGAUUGCGCAGCAAUUAAUCGAGGGAGGUCCUGAGUUCGGUGACGAUGAAGAGGAGCGGGGAGUUGGGAAGGUGAAGAGUUAUGUUGAGGAGCAAGAGGAUUUGAGGAAGGAGGUUUUGAAUGCAAUAGCAGAGGAGGAAGGCGAGGACGAGGGAGGGGAGUUUUUGAGGGAGAAGGAGGGAGACGAGGACGAAGGUGAAGGGGAAGAUAAUGAGGAGGUGAAGAAGAAGUUGGAUGUGUAUUUUGGGGAUGAUGAAAAUCUGGAUGAGAAAAAUUUGUUCUUGAAGAAAUUCUUCAAGAACAAGCUGUGGAUUGAUAAGGAAAAGGGGGAGAAUAAGCUGAUUGAGGAUGAUGUUGCUGGGUUUUCUGAUGAUGAGGAGGCAAUUGAAAAGCAGGAGGAGUAUGAGAGGGGUUUUAACUUUAGGUUUGAGGAGAAUGCGAGUGAUAGAGUUUUGGGUCACUCGAGGUUUGUGGAUGGUUCGGUGAGAAAGGAGACGAAUGCAAGGAAGAAUCAGAGGGAGAGGAAGAAGGAGAGGUUGGCUCAAGCAGAGAUUGAGAGACAAGAGGAGGUUAAGAGGUUGAAGAAUUUGAAGAGGAAGGAGAUUCAUGAGAAGCUUAAAAAGAUUAAAGAGGUUGCAGGUAUUGACAAGGAUACUCCUUUGGAUGAGGACGACUUAGAGGAAGAUUUUGAGCCUGAGAAGUUCGACAAGAAGAUGAAGGCUGUAUUUGGGGAUAAGUAUUAUGAAGAAGAGGAUGUUGAUCCUGUGUUUGGAAGUGAGAGUGAGAGUGACUUGGAAAAGCCGGAUUUCAACAAGGAAGACGAGUUGCUUGGUUUGCCCGAGGACUGGGAUGUGACUAAAUCGAGUGAUGGAUUUUUAGCUGAAAGGGAAAGGUUGAAGAGUAAAAUGAUGAAUGAAAGUGAAGGUGAUCAAGUGCAAGAAGGAGAAGGUGAUGAUGAUGAACAGCUAGAUGACGGUAAGAAAAAGAGGAAGCGGAAGAAAUCAGCUCUUGAUAAGGAACUUGAAGAAGAACUUUAUAAGCUUGAUUAUGAGGAUAGUAUAGGAGAUUUGAAGACCCGGUUUAAGUAUAGAGAAGUUAAACCAGCAAAAUAUGGAUUGACUUCUGCUCAUAUUCUGAUGUUGGAUGAGCAGGAGUUGAAUCAAUAUGUUUCAUUGAAGAAGCUUGCGACUUACAGAGAAAAGGACUGGAAGGUGCCUCAGCCGCAGAAAAAGAUGUUCUUUGAACAACUUCUGAAUGCUAAGAAGGAUCAGAAGAAGAGGAAGAGACAGGAUGGUGGUGGUGACCGUGAAAGAAAUACUGAGAAGGAGCCUCUGGAAGUUGUGGAAGCACAGAAAAGUGAGGAGCCAAGUGUUGAUGAUAGCAAGUUGUCUCGAGCAGCCAAGAGAAGGCGCCGGAUGAAGGAGAAAAAGUUGCCUGAAUCGAGGCUCAUGGCUUAUGGUAAGGUGCCUGGAAGUUCAAAGAAUAAGUCCAAGAGUUGAAGCUGUCAUUGCCACAUGAGUCAGAGGAGUGAUCUUUGAGACAUUUUUUGGAAAACGGCGAUUGAAGUACCAGAUACUAUGGGUUUGUGGAAUAUGGAGUAUCUGAUUAGCACUGGAGGAGUUCCUCUCGUCGGUUCCACCUACUAUAGUUAGUUUAGAGCUAUGGACAAGUAUGAAUUCAUAGGGGGAGAAAGAUAAUUUACUGAGCUUGCAACUCUUUGUUUGCUGCUAUGGUAUUGGACUACAGUUCUUGGGGCUGAAUCAGCUGAUGUUUAACAAUGAAUUUUUGUCCCAUCUCAUUAAAAAACAUCAGCCCUUUUUAACUUCUAUUUCAAAGCUUGUACUUUGACCAUAAUUGGUAUUGAGUUAUAAUGUGAGAAUAACAUUUUUGCUAUCUAUCUUUAUAAAAUUAUCAUGUAAUUGUCAUUUUAGUAAUUUUUAAUUAUUAAUGAUAAGAGUUCUGAUCAAA